GAGACGCGAAAAGACAUCUCCCAAAUCGCACACACUAACACACGCAUACGUACAUUGAUACAUAUAGUAGUAUUAGAUCUCUUCGUGAGAUUCCCAAGUUCGACAGGCUGUUCAUUGUAUUGGCUUGAAGAUCCGCUUAAAACUUUAGGUGUUUGUUUUUUGGUCGUAAUUUUGAUCUCUGUGCCUGAUUGUGAUGGCGCAUCGAAGAUCAAAAUUAUUACUGUUUUUCUGUUUUGUAUCCUACUGUCUGUUCGCCUUUGCUGCGAAGAGUUAUUAUGACAUUCUCCAAGUGCCAAGAGGCGCUUCGGAUGAGCAAAUAAAGCGUGCCUAUCGGAAGCUUGCAUUGAAAUAUCAUCCAGAUAAAAAUCAAGGAAAUGAAGAGGCGAACAAGAAAUUCGCAGAGAUUAACAAUGCUUACGAAGUUCUGUCAGAUAGUGAAAAGAGAGGUAUAUAUGAUAGAUAUGGUGAGGAUGGUCUUAAGCAGCAUGCGGCUAAUGGAGGUAGAGGUGGAGGCGGUAUGAAUAUCCAAGACAUUUUCAGCUCUUUCUUUGGCGGAGGUCCCAUGGAAGAAGAAGAGAGGGUUGUUAAAGGUGAUGAUGUGAUUGUUGAAUUGGAUGCGACACUUGAAGAUCUGUACAUGGGCGGCAGUUUAAAGGUUUGGAGGGUGAAAAAUGUAAUAAAACCAGCUCCAGGGAAGAGGCGCUGCAACUGUAGAAAUGAGGUUUAUCACAAGCAAAUUGGACCAGGGAUGUUUCAGCAGAUGACAGAGCAGGUGUGUGAACAGUGCCCAAAUGUGAAGUAUGAAAGGGAGGGCGAUUUCAUCACUGUGGAUAUUGAGAAAGGAAUGCAGGAUGGGCAAGAAGUGGUAUUCUAUGAAGAUGGUGAGCCAAUAGUAGAUGGUGAAGCUGGAGAUCUUAAGUUUCGCAUACGUACUGCACCUCAUGAUCGCUUCAGGAGGGACGGCAAUGAUCUGCACACAACAGUUACUAUUACUUUGGUUCAAGCUCUUGUUGGUUUUGAGAAGACCAUUAAACACCUUGAUGAGCAUUUGGUGGAUAUCAGCUCCAAGGGUAUCACAAAGCCCAAGGAAGUCAGGAAAUUUGUCGGCGAAGGUAUGCCAUUACAUUUUAGUAACAAGAAGGGGGAUUUAUAUGUCACGUUUGAGGUUCUUUUCCCAACCUCAUUAACAGAGGACCAAAAGACAAAGAUAAAGGGAAUUCUAGGUUAGAUACCACUUUAGUGUUGCCAAGAUUGUGCAGAGACCUAAGCUACUCUUGCCUCUAUUGAAUUUUCAUUUUUCUCUGAUUAGCAUUCUGCAAUUUUGUUCAAAUAGUAGAUAAUUUGUCAGAGAGCUGUAACCAUCCAGGGAUGUCUAAAUAUUUCCUGGUAUUUAGCUUGGUUCUGAACCAUUGGGGUUCAUUUCUGCUACUUGUUAUGUCAUUUAAGUGAAUUGAUGAGCUAGAAAUGAUAGUUGAGAAUUUUAUCAA